AUGUACGCGUCGGAUGGUCAUGACUUCACCAGUCCUUUCACGGACCAAGAGAGGUUCCACAAGGAAGCGAAUCUACAAUACUAUAAGGCAAUCGUGGAGCUGGUGCCGCAAGAGAUCUUGGGGCUAGAGAAGAGGGGCAAGAGGAAGGAGCAAGAUAGGAAGCCCAACAUCAUGGUGGUGCAGGGCCCCAAGCCAGGCAAGGCAACCAACCUCUCCAUGCGCCAAGUCCUCAUGAAUCUCAAGCAAAAACCGCCACCGCACAUGGUGCCACCACCGCCCGCCAAGGAGGACGAGAAGAAGGAGGGCGACAAGGGCAACAAAGAUGCCAAGAAGGACAAUAAGAAGGAUGUCAACAAAGAUAAGCAGUAG